GGUAAUAGGAUUGUGGCUUCCCUCUGGGGCAGCCGCACAGGCCAUGGCCGUGGGGCUGGCAACUGGCAACAGCUGAGGAGCCAGAGCCCUCUGCCUGCCCAGACCCUGUGCCCCCGGCUGGCCUCACGUGCAUGGAAUGGUGCUGUGCCCCUUGCCAGCGGGCCAGGCUCACCAUGGUGCCGGGGGCCAUCCUGGCGCGGGGACGGGACGUGUGCAAGCGGAAUGGACUGCUCAUCCUGUCCGUGCUGUCGGUCAUCGUGGGCUGCCUCCUCGGCUUCUUCCUGAGGACCCGACGGCUCUCACCACAGGAGAUCAGUUACCUCCAGUUCCCGGGAGAGCUCCUGAUGAGAAUGCUGAAGAUGCUCAUCCUACCGCUGGUGGUCUCCAGCUUGAUGUCCGGCCUCGCCUCUCUGGAUGCCAAGACCUCCAGCCGCCUGGGCAUCCUCACUGUGGCCUACUACCUGUGGACCACCUUUGUGGCUGUCAUUGUGGGCAUCAUCAUGGUCUCCAUCAUUCACCCGGGCGUUGCGGCUCAGAAGGAGACCACGGAGCAGAGCGGGAAGCCCAUCAUGAGCUCGGCCGACGCCCUGCUGGACCUCAUCAGGAACAUGUUCCCAGCCAACCUGGUGGAAGCCACAUUCAAACAGUACCGCACCAAGACCACUCCGGUUGUCAAGACCCCCAAGGUGGCACAGGAGGAGACCCCUCCUCGCCGGAUCCUCAUCUACGGAGUCCAGGAGGAGAACGGCUCUCGAGUGCAGAACUUCGCCCUGGACCUGACGCCACCGCCUGAAGUCGUGUACAAGGCGGAGCCUGGCACCAGCGACGGCAUGAACGUGCUGGGCAUUGUCAUCUUCUCCGCCACCAUGGGCAUCAUGCUGGGCCGCAUGGGUGACAGUGGGACCCCUCUGGUCAGCUUCUGCCAGUGUCUCAACGAGUCGGUGAUGAAGAUUGUGGCAGUGGCUGUUUGGUACUUCCCCUUUGGCAUCGUGUUCCUCAUCGCCGGCAAGAUCCUGGAGAUGGACGACCCCAGGGCUGUGGGCAAGAAGCUGGGCUUCUACGCGGUCACCGUGGUGUGCGGGCUGGUGCUCCACGGCCUCUUCAUCCUGCCUCUCCUCUACUUCUUCAUCACCAGGAAGAACCCCAUCGUCUUCAUCCGCGGCGUCCUGCAGGCCCUGCUCAUCGCACUGGCCACCUCCUCCAGCUCAGCCACGCUGCCCAUCACCUUCAAGUGCCUGCUGGAGAACAACCACGUCGACCGGCGCAUUGCACGCUUUGUGCUGCCCGUGGGCGCCACCAUCAACAUGGACGGCACUGCGCUCUACGAGGCUGUGGCUGCCAUCUUCAUCGCCCAGGUCAACAACUACGAGCUGGACUUCGGCCAGAUCAUCACCAUCAGCAUCACAGCCACUGCAGCCAGCAUCGGGGCAGCUGGCAUCCCCCAGGCUGGACUCGUAACCAUGGUCAUCGUGCUCACGUCUGUGGGACUGCCCACUGACGAUAUCACCCUCAUCAUCGCUGUCGACUGGGCUCUGGACCGUUUCCGCACCAUGAUUAAUGUGCUGGGGGAUGCUCUGGCCGCAGGGAUCAUGGCACACAUCUGCCGGAAGGACUUCGCUCGGGACACAGGCACAGAGAAACUGCCACCCUGCGAGACCAAGCCAGUGAGCCUCCAGGAAAUCGUGGCAACCCAGCAGAACGGCUGCGUGAAGAGCGUGGCCGAGGCCUCAGAGCUGACACUGGGCCCUGCCUGCCCCCACCACGUCCCCGUGCAGGUGGAGCAGGAUGAGGAGCCAGCAGCCACCAGUCUGGAGCACUGUACCAUUGAGAUCAGUGAGCUUGAAACCAACGUCUGAGCCUGCAGGGCUGGGCUGGGGCAGAAACACAACUUUCCAACCCUCCUGAGCAGUCAACAGGGGCCAGACUCACACAUUCUUCCUACCCUUGAGAGACUCAGCCCCACUUGACAGAAAACAAAUCUCGCAGAAGGGAAAGGUCUCAGGAGCAGCCCCAGCCAGAGACUGAUGGGCCCAGCAUAGCCCAAGCACCAGCUGUGACAGUUUUCCCUGUGGACGACAGAAUUGAGGCCCUGAAAGCUGAAAACACUUGCCCGAGGCCUUGCCAAGUAGGGUUAUGGCCAGGAUGCUAACUCAAGUCUUUCAAGCGUGGACCUCUCCCUUCUGGAGGUCAGAUGCCGGGUGAGGCUACGCCACCACCACCACUUCCCGUGUGUGAAGACAUAACAAUGAUGUCCUGGUUUCUGCCCCAGCUGUGUCCAGGCCAGGUCCAGGCCUCCACCCCACCCCAUAACAGGUGGCCUCAGCCAAACAGUUCUCCCCAGGGGAAGCCCAGCCCAGGGCGAACACCCACUGCUUUCCUGGGGCCACUGUCCAUCCGGUCUCCUAUCCCACCACUUGGCUCUUGCAAAGCUCAUCAGAUGCGGAGACAGAUGUCCUCACUGCAGCUGGAAAGCUCCUUAGACACAACCAAGCCAAUCUCUCAUGAGACAAGUGGGCAAGCCAGGCUCUGGGAGAGGCUCAGCCUGGGAUGCUCUGGUCAGUUCCUAAGAGGCCUCUGUGGCAAAGUCAGCCCUUUUUGUGUUUGCGAAUUCCAUGAUAAUAAAGACAUUUUGUUUUGCACUCUGUGGGCUUACAGACCACUUCUUUAUUGGGCUAAUCCAGGCUAUCACAGUGUAGACGGGCCUAUCCGGGCAGCUGGAGUAUGGACAGGCCUGUGCACAUGGCCAGAAUACAAACAAGCUUUUCCAUGUAGCUUGAGUGUAGACAGGUCUACCCAGGGUGUCGGUGCGUGGAGAGGCCUGCCUGGGCAGCCAGAGUGCAGAUGAGCCUGGCAUGGUAGCUGUCCACAUGGGAACAGGAGCCCAGGGAGGGCUGUCAUAUUCAGAAGAUAGCAUACAAACUGGCCUGCCCAGGGUUCUGUCUCAACAGCCUCAGUGUGGCUGGACCUUGUCCAGUGUGGACAGACCACUCUGCCCCCAGCCCGGCUCUGAUUUACAGACAACACCCUGGAGUCAGUCCCCAUAAAAGGAACCAAUUUCCUUAGCCGGUCCAGCUCCCUUUGGUGAAUGCUUUGUCUUAGAGAGGGGACAUGCCCUGACUGCCUCCCUCAUACUCCUCUCCUCAGAGUGCCUCCAGGAGGCCUGCAGGGCGCAGGGCCCUGUCACACAGCCUGUUCUAGGUGUGCCCUGGGGAGAAGAUAGAGCUCUAGGGUCUGGAGGGGUCUUGCACCGGGAUGUCGGCAAAGACACCAACGUACAGAGAGGAGCCAGGCCCCCCAAGGUCAUUCAGGGAGUGAGGAGGGCAGCUGUUCCCAGCCACCCACCCUGAACUACCUCCAUCCUCCUCCUAGGACCAUGGUCUGAGGAGUCUAGGAUACCCCGGGAUACUUCCAGGAUACCCCCUCCUGCUGCUGGGGGCUGCGGGGUGACCAUGAGAGUGGCCUUCUUUGUUGAGGCCCACUCGUCCAGGAGAGGUGAGGCGUCAAGGCACAGCCACUCGCAGCUUCGUGGGGACAGGCUUGCUCACUCCCUCCCUGUGUCACAGCUCUAACCCCCUUUGAGCAGUCAAGUCUGGAGCCUUGACAGGAGCACACUUACAUAUCUCCAGCAGCAGAGAGGUCACUACUUCUUGGGUUUCUCAAGCCACUGUGGGGUAGCGCUGCCUAUCAGAGGUUCUCCUUAGCUGGGAGCUGGGUAGUACCUCCUGCAGCUGCCUCUCCCAAUUCCAGUUCUGUCCCUACGGGUGUGGGGAAACACUGAGCAUGUCUGUUACCUCUGCCCUGGGGAGGCCGUCAGAGACCUGGGUCCCCAAGUUGGCUCUGCUCCAGCUCCCAGGCCCACCUUGAGUCCUGUCUGCCACAGAUCCCACUGACAAGUCUCCUUAAGUGCAAAGGUUCCCUGUGACCCUCCAGGUGAGCCCUGAACAGGCCCACAACCUCUGGGAAGGUAGUGUGAGCUUAAAGGGCCAAUAUGUGGUCCCAGGACAGGACCCGUGGGUUCUCAUCAAGCCAACAGGCUGCACCCAACUCCUGGCCUCCUUACCUGUGGCUGAGCCCGUCUCCCUGGACAUCUAUGGGUACAGCUACUGUCUGGGCCCCAAGACUA